GAAGGGGAGCAGCCUGCCGCCCUCCAGACGUGGAGGGAAGGACACGCAGAGGCUUUCAUUCACGUCGACGCGCUGAACGCACUCGCACCCCGGCGCCGGACCGAAGGAGAGCGGCUCGUUUCCCGGGAGACUGGAGGAGCUCAGCCCGCUGCAGCCAGAGACUCUGCGUGUUGAGAGGGAGUCGCUCACCAGGACGAGUGUGAGCCCCUGGACCUCGUGAGCCAAGAGCAGCCGCAGCAGCAGCGUCGACGCCUGCACCUUUUCUCUUUUUAUACAGGAGGAGGGAAUGAAACCGGAUGGGGAUACCAUGGAAACCACUGAGCCCACCGACGCCGCAGCCGUAGCAGAGCCCUCCUCGUCGCAGGGCGCCAUCGCCACAGAGCAAGCGCCGUCGCAGCCCGAGGAAGCUGCGACUGACGCCGCUCCGAAGGCCAAUGGCAAGCCGGCGGGGGCCGGCCCCAAAUCCGCUGCCACCAAAACGCAGCCCGCGGCCAAGUCUGCCGGGGCAUCCGGAUCCCGACCAGGUACCGCCUCGCUGCGGGCGGUGAAACCCUUCGCCCCCCCCCCCGCAGCCGCACUCAAGAAAACGGCCGCUACGGCCAAAGUGGCGCCCGCCGCGGGGGUCGUACCUAAAAGGCCGGCGGGUGGAGUGGCCGCCGCCUCGUCCACGGUCAAGAACCAGUCGAGGGGGCCUGACAAGAGGCCCUUUGGACCGGCCAGGGCUGCUGCUGCUGCUGCUGCUGCUGCUGCUCCCGCCACUGCAACAAAUGGCAGCAGACCAACAGCGAACGGCAUUCCUAAGAGGAGACCGGGGGCCGAGGCCGUUAAUGUCGCUAGAGCCAAAGCCGCCGUUCCUGCCAGCAGAGCGGGGCCGUCCGCCGCCCCCCCCAAAGCCGCCACAUCGGCCGCCUCUAAAGCUCCUGUUGUCAGCGUUUCAAAGACGGCCAGGCCUGCUCCGGGCCCCUCGACAUCUCGAGCUGCGUUCACAUACAGGGCGACCGCGUCCACGGUCAAGAGCUCCGCUGCUGCGACUGCCAAAACCGCUGCCCCCAGGGUCACCGCAGCGCCCUCUACAGGCAGGACCGCAGCGGCACAGCCGCCUAGAACAGCUGCUGCAAAGAGAGAUGUCAGUCGACCAACGUCUGCUGUGGCGAAGAAACCCGCCGCUACCACAAAGAAACCUGAGCCAUCUAAACCCACAGCCACCCUGAAGCUCAACCCCGCCUCCAAGAGCGCCGCCCUAGAGAAAGAGGCAGACCCCAAAAUGAUGCCGUCCAAAGCAUCGCAACCUCCUUUCACAAAGAAAGCCGCCGCGCCCUUUUGGGGCAAAGAUCGCAACAGGCUUCCCCUUGGUCAAACCCCGCCUGCCUCUCCAGCCAGCAAACCAGCGCACAGCAGCACCACCAAGGGGAAAUGUAGUAGUAAACCCAUGCAAGCGGUCCCGCCUUUCACCGCGACAAAGAACCCGGGGGUUUCGAAUACUACCAAACAUGCUGUAGAAGCCCAGAGAGCCAGCCGAGGGACUGUGGCAGCCGGCCGAGGGACUGCGGCAGCCGCAGCCGCUGUGCUGGCAGCACCACAAACGGAGGCCACAGAGCCCCUCCCACAGGCGUCAUCACCACGCGCUGCCCCUGCGCCGGAGGACGACCACCUUCCCUCAGGAUUGGACCAGGACGCCUCCCCAGAGGCGGUACCUCUGGAGCCCGCUCAGAGUCGGGGUGCGUCUUCCUCUCCUCCUCGAAGCCCCGUCAGGACGACGUCGCCACAGGCCUCACCUCCUCUCCUGGAGCAGCUGGAGAGCAACGCUGACUCGCCAACGACGCGGCAGGGGACCCGUGUCCCAGUUGAGCCGGCGCCAGCGCCAGCGGCCUGUCCUCCAUGUCCAUCUGCGGAGGCCGCUUACCUAAACCAAACCCCGUCCACAUCCGAGGUGGCGGCAGCGAAUGCCAUCACUGUGACGGUUCCUCACACCAAUCUAAAUGAGGACAACGAUGAAGAGGAGAGGGAAGGCAGCCAGCUGGUGUCUGUGUCGGAGAUGAGCGGAACCACGCAGCCCACGGAGGAUUCUCGCCCCGACUCUGCGGGUCCAGUGGGGGGGUCCCACUGGAGGGCGGGCGGAGCCCUGCUCUCCGAGCUGGACUCCGAGGACGUAAGCGGCAGCCAGCAGGGCGCGUCGGAGCUCAGUGCCCCCGGCGUCCUGGAGGGCACGGAGAGCAUGGACGACCUGGGAGACGGCAGCCUCAAGGGGGCCAUCGACAUGGAGGGGGCCUCUGCAGGCUCGCCGGACUUCGAGAAGGUCCCGGACAUACCGGCAAACGACUUCGACGAGGACGACGAGGAAGGCGAUCGGGUGUGCGACAUGGACGUGGGCUCAGAGCGGGCAGACAGACCUCAGAGACUCAGGCAGGACAACAACGUCGAUGGGGAGGAGGGUGACGUCGAGGAGGCGCAGCAGCAGGAGGAUGAUGAUGAUGAUGAUGAAGAUGUGGAGAUGGCCAGUGAGGGGGUGACGGAGAGCGGGCUGGAGAGCUACGGUAACGCGGAUGAGGACGACUUUGCUGAGGACGAAAGGCUCGACAACUUGAACAGAGUGGGCGACCCCCCGGCCCCCCCGCUGCCGCCCUCCGCCCCGGCUGCUCAGUGGCACCAACCGAACCCCUUCGCUGACCCCUGGGCGGAACCCCUCCGGCCUCUGCAGGGUCUGGAGAACUCCCCCCAGCCCGCACCGCUGGCAGGAGCGGCGGCGAGCCCCUCGGGGGCCGCCUGGCAAGCCGACCCGGAGACCCCAACUCGGGCCCAGGUCUGGCCCGACCGCGGCUCGGAUCCUUUGGGCCCCGAAAACCCAGGAGUUCCCCAUCGCGUCGUCAAGGAGCGGCCCCAGAGUGCAGAGGCGGGUGAGUCGGGCCCCGCCCCGUCGCGAGCCCUGGCGCCCGGCGCGUCUCUGUCCAGCACGCUGAGCAGCGACACCAGCACGCCCGAGGAGCUCUGCGACAGCAACGGGGACGGGGGGCCGCAGCCGCACCGGGAGGAAGCCGAAGCCGAGGCCCGGCCCCCGUCCGCCGACGUGGUUCGGGCUGGCCCCGCCUCCAACACGUCCUCCACCUCGGUGACGGAAGACGAGGCGAGCGACACGGAGGGGGAGGCUCUGCUGGACGACUCCUUGGAGAGCCCGGCGGCCGCCCACGCCACCUUUGAGUGCCAGCCGCCGGCCCAGCGCUGCCUGUCCACCGUGGAGGAGGCGGCGGAGGGCGCGGAGGGCGCGGCGGGCUUCGACACCACCCCGCCGUCGGCGACGUCGCUGGCGUCCUGCGGCUUCGACACCAUGACCACGGCCUCCAACUCCAACGCGCAGUCCACGGGGGAGAGCUGCGUCAAGAGCCCGGGCAUCUUCUCCCUGGAGGAGCUGUCCGAUGAGACCAAGGAGUCCUGUCCCAUCCCCUCGCCGCCGCCGCCGAGCGUCGCCGAGCACAACUACAUCGAUUGCGGAACGCAGCAGGAGGCGGAGUCCGCCGAGAGCUUCAGGGAGGAGGUGCCGCGGCCCGAGGAAGCCCCGAGCACUUUGCAGCCGCCAGAGGAGAGCCCCGACGACGCCCAGCCUCCCUACUAUUCUAUCUGCGAAAAGACUGAGAACUCUUUUGCAGGCUUUGCCGGAUUGCCCCACCCUCACCGCCGCGAGCACUCGGCUCACCCCAGAAGCUACGGCGACGCCGCCGCCGCCGCCGCCUCCGCCGCCUCCGCCCUCGCCACGCCCAGGCUGACCUGUGCCGACCUCCCACCCAGGAGCCCCGGGCAGCAGGCGCUGAGCCCCCAGCUCCGCCGGCUGGAGCAGCACCAGCGGCAGCUGUUGGAGAUGCAGCAACGCAGGGACCAGCAGAGCAGGCCUCUGGAGGAGGCCGAGCAGGAGAGGAGGAGGCGGGAGGAGGAGGAGACCAGGAGGAAGAAGCAGGAGGCCGAGGAGGAGAUCAAGAGGAAUGAGGAGGCGCUGGCGAGGAGGACUCGGGAGGACUCCAGGAAAGAGGAGGAGCUGCAGGAGCGGCAGCAGAUCAUGCAGUGGCACCAGGAGCUGCAGCAGUCCAACCAAGGUCAGACGGCGCCGCUGUCCCCCUCCUCGGGCCUCUGCACCAUCUACGAGGCCCUGGAGGCGAGCGACGACGAAGAGGAGGGUGAAGGAGAGGCGAUAAGCGAAGGCCCCCUCACCAACGGGGGGACACCGGAGACAGGGGGCCGCCGAGACGCUUCGCUGUCCACCCACCGCUCUACUCCUCCUCCUCCUCCUCCCCCCGACUCCCCUCUGACGUCCAGCGACCCCUCCCAGGACGGGGACAGCUCCUCCCCCCCCGAGUCGCCGGAGCGCCCCGCCCCGCAGGAGCUGGACUGGGGGAAGAACGUGGACAUCGUCCAGCAGCUGAUCAACCAGACCCUGCUGCUCAACCGAGACGGCUGCUCGUCCCUGCUGGUGCUGCCGGGGGGGGCCGGGGGCACGCUGAGCCCCCUGGAGAGCAGCCUGUGGCCCAGCCUGCUGCCGCCGCUCACGCCCCCCUCCGCCACGGUCACCGCCGUCAGCAGCUUCUCCCCAGAGGCCACCGGGAGCUCCCCGCAGGGGGAGUGGACGGUGGUGGAGCUGGAGACGCAUCACUGAGGGGACGGGGAGGGGGGGGUGCAAAGAAGAAGUCACAUCCACUGUGUGUUAUUCUCAGGAGAACCGCUGUACGGGGGGGUUGAAGGGCUGGACUAAAGUCACCAAUGGGAUCAAAAAGGUGAACAAUGCAUUCAGUUUGUGUGUUGCUCUGCAGGGAGACCCAUAAAGUGGUGUUUUUAGAAUACUGGUUCCCAAGAAAUGAGUUUGGGUUUCAAGCUUUAUGUUAAUAUUUACUUUUUUUUUUUUGUCUUUUCAAACUACUGAAUUAUUCCAAACUACUGAAUAUGUUUGAUUUAUUCAAAUGGCGCAACCUGCGGUCCGGUCCCAACCUGCAUUUGACACUGAGCCUUGCGUUUAGGGGGUCCAGUGUUUGGGGAUAUCGAUGGGGAGGACGCUUGGUGGCGCUGCGCCUCAAUGGGUUUGAUUCUGGACCCUUGAUGGUCGAUGCAGUCGUGCAUAACGCUGCCUGAGAGUCUGCGCUCGGGGGGGGGUGGGCCAGGAAACGACUCUACUGGUGAAGAACUUUAGCGUCAUCUCUGCCACAGACACACAAAUUUGACACAACACUACAUGCUACAUUUUAAACACACAUUCAGUUGAACACACACACAGAAGGUGCCAAAUGGGCGCAAUCAAUUGAAGAUAAAGUGACUUUUCUUUCUACUGUUCUCAUACUCAUCAUUGUGUUUUUACAAUGACGAUGCACUGCAGAUGUCUCGCUACUGAAAAAGCGACGGAAGCUUCUGGGAUUGCACUUAAUCCUAUUUUAGUCUUAAUUUCAUACCGAUUCAGACGAGGUGAUGUACUCUGUUUAGCUCCAACGCAUUUACAAACUGAGGUCUCUGAAAAGUCUUCGUAGGGACUAGGAGGACGUUCUUUGGCCACGUAAUGACGUUUCAGGAAUCGGGCCCCCCGUGUGUGUGUGUGUGUGUGUGUGUGUGUGUGUGUGUGUGUGUGUCGGCUGGUUUAAAGGGAAACAUUUCACUGCUCCUGAAUGCAUCCUGAAGGCCCGCUACACUUGAGCAGCAGGCUUCAUUGUGAGAGCCGAGGGGCUCCACAUCAGGCCCUUGUUGGGGGGGGGGUUCUCAGUGUGUGUGUGUGUGUGUGUGUGUGUGUGUGUGUGUGUGUGUGUAUUGUAAGCGGUCUCGUCCGUGCCGUGUCGACGUCGUGCCGGGUACUGUGCAUGUUCCGUUUGGUCCCUCUGCGCCGUGGAGCCUCGCUAUGACCUCACAAGUUCAAAGGUGGCGGCGUUCUCAGGUUACCAGUGUGGAACGGUAGGAAUACGCAUUCAGUGCUUCACCCUAAUUGGAGCUCCGCCCACUAAUCCCUGCUCACUUAUUGAGGCGACAGGCAUUAAGGCUAUAGGCUAUCUGCCCCCUUUUUUUUUUUUUGUUAGGAAGCUGGACUUUUUAAAUGUGCUUUCUUAAACCUGUCUGACGUUAUUGUAAGCAUUUGUGCGUGCAUGGCGUAAAGACUGUUCACUGUAAUGGAAGGGAAACUCCACUUUGUACGUUAGAGACGUAUAAGUAUAGCAGCUCUGUAAGAGUCAUAGAUUUUAUAUGAAUGAAGGAUGUUGGUUGUAAAUGUUAGAUUUGACCCCUGUUGUUACGGUCUUCAUUUUAGAUGAAAAUGAGCUGAUGACGUGGUCCAACUGAAGCAGGAGUGAACAUUCUUCACUUGUUACCUCGACUCAAAGAUAUGAAAUCUCACAAUUUUAA